AUGAAGGUAAACCGGAUGAACACUGCCUCCAAUCCAACCCAGCAAGAUGAGGAAACCCAUCAGGUUAAUAUAUCUUCGCUAAAGAUCCGGGAAGACUACAAUUCAAGUUUGGUGUUUGGAAACGACCAAUCUCAAAUACACCCAGACAUAACUGAGCUAGAUCAAACGCAAUGUGAAAUAUUCAAUGAAGAUAUAUUCUCCACUCCGUCAAAGAAAGAAAAUGGGAGUAUACCGUUGAGCUAUCUACAGGACACCCAAGUGAUUGAGCAAGAACAUAUAGAAUCACCCAAGUCACAAUUUAUAGGUGAUACCCAAGUUAUAGACUCACCUUCUUCAAGUGAUCAGAAAACACGCGUACGGCAUGUCCCAAAUCUACCAGAAAUUAGUGAAUCACCCGUGAUUGCUUCAUAUGAGACGGAAACCCCGUCAUCGGGAGCCAGUCACGACCAAGUACGACGUGAUUAUCAACUACAAGACACUCAAAUUAUAAACAACGACCAAACACAACGAAUAGACGAUUACACGCAGAGGAUAGACAACGAUUUUACACAACAAAUAGACAAUUAUACGCAGAGAAUAGACAACAAUUUUAUUCAACAAAUAGACGGAGACACUCAAGCCUUUACCCAAGCACAAACCCAACUUAUAGAUCAAACCCAGAAAAUCAAACUAGAAUCUUUUCAGUUUAGUUCAGGAAACCAAGAAACACAACCAAUUAACCAAAACGGAAACAUAUCUACAAGCUCACCAGAGAAACAGACUAUGACCAGUUCCCCUCAACUUCUUGUUCCUCCACCCGAAUUCAUAUCCCAUACACAAGUGCUCAACACCCAAGAACAGGCAGAUAUAACUACUACAAGCCAGGGGAACAACGACACACUUGAAGUACAAAGUGAUGAUGAACAAGAGUCCGAGAACAAGCAGUUCGAGGACAGUUUGCUAGCCACAAGACUCAAACGUAAGAUGUCACAGCCAGGAAGUCCCAUCAAAAGAUUAAAACGAAAUCAAACCACUAUGGAAAUUCCCGAAAUGAAAACUCCAGUUGAUUUACGAAUGAAGAGUGAACCAAUUGUGCUAGCCAGCCCCAGCACACUAACGAGUCAAUCAUCGCCCCCAGUGCAACUAGUUAAGCGUACGAGCAGUCCUACCAAGGAAACAGAUCGAGAAAAUACCACCAUACCCGAUGAUGAAGAGGUAGAGGAAACAACUAUUCCCGAUGAAGAACCGACAAGGAUACAUCCGCCUUCUUCUCCUCAAUUUAACAUUCCAUUUGAAGACGGGUCUUCAGAACUGGAAGAUAUCGACGAUGUAGAUGAGCCAAUUCCUGGUAAACGAAGGAUACGUAACAUCAUAGACUCCCAACCUACCAUGGACGAAACUACUUUUGACGAAAGUAAUGAUACGAAAGUCUUGCGAGUUGAGACUCUGAAUGUGUUAACGCAAGAUGACAUUGUAAACCACAACAGUGUUUGGGCUACAUAUAACAACUUGAAAAUAUAUAGUGGCACGGUGGUAAACAAGGAUAUUGAGUAUCUGAAUGUCGACUUCCGGGAUGGGAUUUACCGAAUCAAGAAUACUGAUUUGAAACUAUUGGAUAUCAGAAUUGGUGACACGUUGAAUAUCAGGAACUCUGCUCACAAAUACGUGGUCACUGGAUUAGGUUGUUCGGAAUCGUCAUCAUUUAUCCAAUGCAUUCGAGGAUACAAUGUUGUUUACUUGUGCAAGUUCCCCUCCAAACCAAAAGACCACGAGUUCAGAGUAUCAUUAUCUGAGUGUUUCAUGGAAGUUGACGAUUGGGCCCUACAUGAACUGAACUAUCAACUCAUUAUAGAAAGCCACGAUUUGUUGAGUGAUACAGUCCCGUUGACUCCGACAAAAACAAACAAGUUCAUACCAUUUAUAAGCCAAGUAAGCAGUAAAGCAUCGCCAUUACGUCGCUCGACCCAUGAAAGGACUAGUUUAUUUUCUGGUAGGUUAUUUUGUAUCACAGGGAUAGUUGGCGAUCGCAAGAAUGAAAUCAAGCAAAUGAUUGAAAAUAAUGAUGGAACAUUGAUUGAUCGGGAGCUCAAUGAAAUAUUUCAGUAUAGCACAGUUGGAGAUUCGCUAGUAUUGCAAUCGGAUUACCUUGCCGGGUUAUCCUUCGGGGCAUUAAUUUCAAACAGUUAUUGUCGUAGUGCCAAGUACCUCCAAGCAUUGGCUUUAGGAUGGCCCAUUCUUUCAGAUGUUUAUAUUGACGAUUGUAUAAACGAUAGCUCUACCCUUGAAGCGUGGCCGGGUUAUUUGUUACCUUCGGGUCAAUCGAAACGGUUGAAUGCAGUAAAGAGUUACGAUGUAUUCAAGUUCAGAAAGAAUUACGAAUGUGGGGCCAUGUUGAAUGAACAGCUAAGUCUCAACAAUAACUUGUUGCAUGGCAUCGAUGUAAUUAUCUUGACCAUUAACGUUAAUGCUAAUUCGUUGGAAACUAGUAAAUUGAUAUUCCAUUCGUUUGGAGCUAGAUCGUUACAGUACUGCUCUAAGCUGGGACAAAUACAGAAGUUGUUCAAGCUGUUGGGAGGUGAUAUCAUAGUGUAUGACGAUGGAAACACCAUAAACAAGGUAUUGUCAAACAUGGCUUCAAGAAAUAUCAAAAAACAGAAAGAAUCAAAGAAAGUAAAAGUCGUUGAUUGGGAAUGGUUGGUUCAGUGCGUCAUUGGAGGAAUCAUUUGGAAAUCACCGACAUACACAAUAGAUAUAUAG